AUGAAUUUAAGUAAUAAUAAGGCUAUUCGUACACAAUUACACAAGCGAGUCUCUAGCGUGAAUACUUUUAAAGAUAAAUUAUCUGAAAAGAUGGUUAUUAUCAUUACAAGCAUUGGUAAUUAUCUGCACAUUUAUCAAAGAUGUAAUUUACUAUUGUUAUUCAAAAAAGAAAUUUUCGAUGGACAAAAAAUUCAUAGUAUUAACUGCGAAAAUAAACCAUUAAUUAUAUUUGGUGGCCGUGAGCUAUGUACGUUUACUUUGCAUUUACAAGAGGAGUAUAAUGUUGAUAAAUUUAUUCACAAUUUGCAAAACAUACAGUAUGAUGAUUGGAUAUUGGAUGCAAUUAUACAUCGUAAUGAGAUUAUUACAAUAUCUGCACAUAAUGUUGUAAUUGGCAAAGAUUUAAAAGAUAAUAAUAUAAAAUGGGAGAAACCAUGCGAUGUUAAUUCUAUUUUAUAUGGAGCUACUAUAGCAAAGAAAAACAAUGAAUUGUUUAUAUUGGCUGGAACAGUUUUUAGUGAAAUACUUAUUUGGUCACCGAAUGUAUCUUCAAGUGUUUUAUAUCGUUUAACUGGGCAUGAAGGAGUUAUAUUUUCAAUAACUUGGAAUGAAAAGAAAAAUAUUAUCUGUUCGACGUCAGACGAUCGUACUGUACGAUUGUGGAAAGUAAAUUUCAAUUUAAAUAACGAAAAUAAAGAACCAGCACAGGCAAUUGAAAUCAAACCAAAAAUUGUAAUGUAUGGUCACACAGCUCGGGUAAUGCGUGCAAAAAUUUUAUCUGAUUGUAUCAUUUCAAUUGGCGAGGAUUCAUUAAUCAAUAUUUGGAAUCAUAAUGGUGGUCAUUUACGUAAAAUUGAAGCACAUCAAAAUGACUGUAUAUGGUCGCUGGAUUGCGAUGAGACAUACAAUCAAUUGAUCACUGGAGGUGGAGAUUCUGGUAUAUGUUUACAUUCAAUUAAAGAAGAUAUGCGUAAGAAUGUAAUUGUGUGUCCAUCUAAUGAUGAAAAAAAUGCUUUUAAAAAGACAUGUUUUUUAAAUGAAUCGAAUCUUGUUAUUAUCACUGAAUUAGGAACACUUUAUCAUUUUAAUUGUAAUAGUGGUAUUAAAAUUGUUGCAGAAAUUAAAGGCUUUCAGAAAAUUUUGUUGGAAGUAUCACCAGAUCGUGUACACGUUGCUGUUGUUGGUGCUGAUAAUGUAAUUUUCAUUUAUCACCUGAUAAAAUGUGAACUAACUGAGAAAAAAACAAUUAAAAUCGAUACAAGCGAUACCAUUUUGUCCUUACAUUGGUUAAAUGGAAGCAAUAUAUUAAUUUGUGAUAGUUUAGGCCAGUUAAAACUUGGCAAUGUUGAAGAUGGAUUAUUCAAUAUUUGUGGUAUUUUACCCAAAACUAAAGAACGAUGGACAACUGCUGCUUGUAAACAUAAACAGUUUAUUAUAGUUGGAGACCGAGGCGGCAAUAUCCAUCUGUUUGAUGAAUUCAAUAAUUUACAUCAAACAUUAUUAAAAGUUCAUGGACGUUUGGGUAUUCCUUGUUUGAAAAUAAUCAAUUCAAUAUUAAUAACAACAGGUCGGGAUGGUAUGGUAAAAAAAUUUAAAAUAAAUGAAAAUUCGAAUAAAUUGGAAAUUUAUUCAUCGACAAAAAUUCCUUUUAAGUGGUGUGCCAAUGUAAUUCAAAAUCAAUCUUUAGUAAUUGGUUUCCUUGAAUUUAAUUUUGUUAUAUGGAGUAUGAAUUUAAAUAGAAAAAUUUUCGAAUAUAAUUGUGGCGGAGGGCACCGCUCAUGGGAUUUAUAUAUUUUAGAUAAAAAUCAUUUUAAAUUUAUUUAUAUCAAGGACAAAUAUGUUCAUGAAAUAACAGUUUCUACAGAUAGUUUUCGUAAUUUGGAGCAAGGAUUCCAUAGUCAUGAAAUUAAUACGAUUAUUCCUGUUUUAUUCGAAAAUAAUUUAAUUUCCGUAUCCGGCGGUGAAGAUACUACUUUAAGAAUUAGUCGUUAUACUAAGUCAAAUUUCAGCAUAAUAUCCACGCACAAUUUUCAUUUAUCUAGUAUUCGAUGUUUAUAUUCAAAUCAACUAACCGAAAACGAAACUUUAAUAUAUUCGGCUGGUGGACGCGCACAGUUAGUUUUAAGUAAAUUAGUUUAUGAAAAUAGCUCAAUUGAAUUUGAUACCAUUUUAUCACAAUCGUUAAAAAUAAAUAAUCAAAAAUUCGAUCCCGAAACACGAAUUAUGGAUGUUAUUUCAUUUCAGUCGGAAGAUAUGAACUUUUUAAUUUUUAUCGCAUGUUCCGAUGGAAAUUUACGUGUAUUUCGAAUACUUCGAACCGAUAAACUAGUUUUAUUAUCAAUGGGUACAAAUGGAAAAAUUUUAUUUUGGGAUUUUUCAUUUUUACUUGAUAGUGAUAUUCCACAAAAUGUGAAUCCAUUUUUUCAAUACGACGAGAACAUAUUUUUAUUAGCUACUGGUGGAGAUGAUUGUAAAUUAAAUUUAUCGUUAAUUGAACUUUUUGAUGACGUUAAAGUUUUAUCAUCUUGGAAUACGGAUAAAUAUUUUUGCUCACAAGUUACUGGUAUAAUAAUUAUUGAUCAAUUUUUAUUCGCUUGCUCAACUGAUCAACGUGUUACAAUUUGUGAGUUAAUUGUAGUUGAUAAAAAAUAUGUAGAUUGUAAAUUUGUUACACAAAAAUGUUCGACUAUAUCAGAUUUAUUAGGUUUAUGUAAUUUUACCACUGCCGAUGUAGAUGAUUAUGCAAUAUGUGUUUAUGGCAAAGGAAUUGAAUCAAUUACACCCGUCAAAACUACAACACGGCAUGUGGUUGCUUUAUUAGUUAUUCGUUUUGAAACUAUUAUUCAAGUUGCUAGAUUAAUAUUUUUAUAA